GGAGUGUAAGGCGUUGUGCUUGAACAACUGUUCUUGUACAGCAUAUGCCUACUCAAAUCUUAAUGGAAGCAGUGGCUGUUUGAUGUGGUUCGGGAACCUGAUUGAUAUCAGAGAGUUAACUUCAGAAAAACCUGCGGAGGACAUCUAUAUCCGCAUACACACUUCAGAGCGAGGGUUAAACACUAUUCAGAAGAAGAAAAAACUAGUGAUCAUCCUUGUUAUAUCUUCCUUUUCUGGAAUCCUCACCUUGGGCUUGGCAAUCUGGUUUCAAUUUUGGAAGAAGAGAAGAAUGGGAACAGACCAGGAAAGCAAGAAGGAGAACUUAGAGUUACCUUUGUUUGACUUGCCCACCAUUGCAACUGCUACUAAUAACUUCUCUAACACCAACAAGAUUGGAGCAGGUGGCUUUGGGUCUGUGUACAAGGGCAAUCUACCAGAAGGAGUAGCAGUUGCAGUGAAGAGAUUGUCCAAGAAUUCAGCACAGGGUGUGCAAGAGUUCAAGAAUGAAGCUGUUUUGAUUGCGAAACUUCAGCACAAGAAUCUUGUCAGGCUUUUGGGCUGCUGCAUUCAAGGAGAAGAAAGAAUAUUACUCUACGAAUAUAUGCCUAACAAAAGCUUGGAUUAUUUUAUUUUUGAUCACAACAGAAGAGCAUUAUUGGCAUGGGAUAAGCGUUGCGAGAUUGUUAUGGGGAUAGCACGAGGGCUUCUCUACCUCCAUCAAGACUCUAGAUUUCAAAUUAUUCACAGGGAUCUCAAGACGAGCAAUAUUUUACUGGAUGACCAUCUCAACCCUAAAAUUUCAGACUUUGGCCUGGCAAGAAUUUUUGGAGAGAAUGAAAUGGAAACGAGAACAAAGAGAAUUGUUGGGACUUAUGGCUAUAUGUCCCCGGAGUAUGUGAUUGAUGGGCACUUUUCUAUCAAAUCAGAUGUCUUUAGCUUUGGUGUUCUUUUACUAGAGAUUGUCAGUGGUAAAAAGAACAGAGGGUUCUCUCAUCCAGAUCACCACCAUAACCUUUUGGGACAUGCAUGGCUGCUGUGGGAACAAAACAAGGCCUUGGAAUUAAUGGAUGCAUGUUUGGAAGAUUCAUGUGUUGCAUCGCAAGUAUUACGAUGCAUACAAGUAGGUUUACUAUGUGUUCAAAACCUUCCAGCAGACAGACCAGCAAUGUCAUCAGUGAUUUUCAUGUUGGGUAAUGAGGGAGCAACAUUGCCUCAACCUAAACAUCCUGGUUUCUUCACAGAAAGAUCUUCAGUGGAUACAGAUACAAUGUCAGCAAAGAUAGAGUUACAUUCAGAAAAUGCAGUAACCAUCUCAAUGCUAAAAGGUAGAUAAAGAAUUCAAACAUCUGCUUAGUGAAUUAUUUAUGCAGGUGCCAGCUUCUCUGACUAAAACGGGCUGCAAAGGUUCCUCUGUUGCGGCUCAGGGCACUGUAAUCUGCAACUUAAGACUCACUAGUAGAAUUUCUAAAUUCAGAUUCCCUCUGGAUCUGGUUGGUAAUAAGCAGAAGAACAUGUAUUCUACAGUCACCUUAUGUGCUACUGUCUCUCUGUUUUUUUUUUUGUCUCCUCAGGGUGCAUAGGACUUAUAAUUUGGUUCCAACCAUUUACUUUCAAUUAUCUCGAGAAUUUUUGAAGUUCUAAAGUCCUUUGAAAUAUCAAUAGGAAGUAAAGAUCAGACAAUAAAAGCUAAUCAAAUAAGGCUUCUACUUGUGACUGUUAUAAAGCCAUAGGAUGGUGGCUUGCAAUAAUUUCAGGUAAAUAGGGGUAAGAAUUGAAAAUCAACAAAGACAAG